AUGGCUCAAUACUACCCUCAACAACAGCAGCAGGGUUACGCACCCCAAGGCAACGCACAAAACCUCCAGUUCUUCCCCUCGUCCUACUCCUCCGUCUCCGGCCACACAACCCCGUCACAAGCCUCUUAUGGCGCUGGCUAUGGUAGCGCGCCAAACCCCUCUACGCAGGCAUAUCCUGUUGGUGGUGGAUAUGGAGGCUUUGGAUCUCCAGCAGCGGGUGUGAGCGGCAGGAUGGGUGAACAGGGCGGAUUGCGGACAGGCUGGCUGGCCGCCUUUGGAACGGAGGGAUAUGAUGGCGAGCCUCCGUUAUUGGAGGAGCUCGGCGUCAACUUUGAGCAUAUUCGGACAAAGACUCUAACCGUCCUGAACCCAUUCGCCUCGAUCGACAAUCACCUCAUGGACGACAGCGACCUCUACGGCGCCCUCCUCUACAUCAUUCUGUACGGUACCUUCCUCCUCCUCUCCGGCAAAGUUUUCUAUGGCUACAUCUACGGUGUAGCCGUUUUCGGUACCGUCGCCCUCCAUCUCAUUCUGAGCUUGAUGUCACCCGCCCUCGAUACCGCUCCUACCCCGAACGCUGCCGAUCCCACAAACUACAACCCUCACCACAAGCCCUCCUUGUCCGGCGCCUCCGCAGCUGGCCAUUUCUCAGCGACUUUGACUUUCCCCCGUUCUGCCAGUGUCCUGGGCUACUGCUUCCUGCCACUGGUUCUCACGGCGCUCAUCGGCAUUCUCAUCCCCAUGGACACCAUGUUUGGUUACCUCUUGACUACGGCUGCUGUUGGUUGGUGCACCUACAGCUCCUCAGGCAUGUUCUGCGCCGUGGCACGCAUGAGCGGGAUGAGGGGGUUGGUGGCUUAUCCGCUGGCCUUGUUCUACGUCGUCUUCGGCAUCAUGGGCAUUUUCUCCUCGCGGGGCACCGGAACGCUGGCCGCGAAGACGGGUGCUGCCUAA